AGUGCUAGCAUGUCACAAAUUAAAGCAAUACAUUGGAAUGUCUACUACUGAAGUUAUAGAUGGAUGGAGGUGGUUAUUUCUUCUUGCUAAGUACAGUUAGAUCAGAAAUGCUGUAAAAUGAAUUUAGAGAAAUGGAAUGAGUUUCAGAGAAUUGUGUUAAAAGUAGUGAAAACAGGUGAUGCGGAAUUGAAUCCGACUGAUUUAAAAGAGUUGAAGUCCCUAUGCAAGAAGGGUCUUGUGCCCAUGCCGGACGUGUUUGGUCUGGUAAUCAAUCAUCUUCAAACAGAGCACUGUCAAGUCAGGAUAUCCUCUUUUCAGAUAUUAGAUGAACUCUUUCAUAGAAGUCAUGCUAUCCGGGAGCUUACCCUCGAGAGACUGAAGACAAUAGUUUCUUUGACAUUAGCUCUUGAAUUAUCAGACGAUCUUCCUCCACCUCGCAAGUUUCAGAGUAUUUUGAAGCAAACAGCGAUAAAAGCAAUAGAUACAUGGAACGAAAAGUUUGGAGCACACUACAAUAAAUUGAGAAUAUCCUAUAACUUCCUGAGAAGCAAGAAGAAUGUUGACUUCAAGAAACUCAUCGCAAGAACUAACUUUGAGCAAAAGCAAGAAGAAAAAAGACAGCAACAAGAGAAACGUGUCGCUGAUUACACUGUUUCGAAAACUUUAUCAAAUUUCGAAAUGCAGAGUGAUUCUUUCAAAGAUUGCAUUUUCGAAGCAAAUACUUGUUUCGAUUUAUUGAUUCCUAUGGGGGCUCCUGAAACUCAUAUAUCAGAUAACUCUGAAAUACCUGAGGCAAUCAUAGACAACAAAACAAACAGCAAGAAAGAAACAACUCCUAAUUUCUCGAUUACUGUAGACCACUCACAAAAAUUGGUAAUUAAGGAGACAUCAGACAAUAAUUCGGUUAUACAAGUUUUAGAUGACCGCAUUUAUCAGGCGAGAAAAUCAUUCAUUCCUCGGCUGGAUGCUUGGAUCGAAGAGCUUAUUAAAAACGAUGGUGAACAAAAAGAGGUGCUACCUUUGAUCAAAAUGAAGGAAAGAUUAAAUAUAAUUUGCAACAAGCACAAAAAUUUGGUAUUCAAGAGGACUUCCAAAAGAAAAAGAAGAAUCGUUCAAAAGGAGGUGAAUGAAAGUGAUGAUUCCGAUUUCGAAGAAGUGGAUGACGAUAAUGUGUUAGAGACAAUUCCUGAAGAAAAGAAACUUAAGCUGGCUAUGGCCAUGAGCAAACCUUUAAAAGCAACUAAAACAAACGAAAUCUCUUCAGCUCUCAAAACGUUUGUUGCAGACGAUGAGCAGCCUUGCUCUUCGACCUCUUGUCUGGACAAAGCAUCUUCCUUCCCUCAAAAUAAUUCACCUCAAUCACAUAUCAAGGCUGCAAACAAAAUGAAGGACGUUAUGAAAAGUGAUGCUGAAGAUGACGAAAGUGAUUUUGCACUUCAACAGUAUGCUGUAGCAAGUUUUGAAUCACUGCAUAGAUUCUGGGCACAAAAAGACAUUGAGCCAGAACCAAUGGAUAUCGACACUGUGCGAGCAUUGAACCCAAAAUACUGCAACGUUCCCGGUAAGUUCGAAGCAGUGGUCUGGUCAUGUAGGGCUCCUAUGAAGUCAGGGAAGACAUGUCCUAGAAUGGAUCGGCACAAGUGUCCUCUUCAUGGUAAAGUUAUACCACGUGACAAGGUAGGCAAACCUAACGGGAAAUCUAGUGAUCUCUUCUCCAAGUCAGAACUCCUUUCUACUAAAAAGUCAAAUGGGGAAUCUUGGGAGGAGGUAGAAAAAGAGAUCGAGAAACUUACUGGGGAAAAACUGAAUUACUCCAAAAUAAAGAAAAAGAGAGAGGUGAAGCCUACAAAUUUAGUGAGCCUUACGAAGACUGCUCCCGUUACCGCACGAAACAGGAUAGAAAAGAAAAUAAUGAACCCCAGGGCCCUCAAAGCAGUUAGCAAGAGUGCUGACAAAGUGGCCAACGCAAGAAAUAAAAAUGCUUUUGAUCAGCAAUUUAAUUAUUCCAUGUAAUCCUAAUAAAUUUUGAUUUCCUCCCAAUGUCAACUUAAACUUAUUUAGGUUCAUUAUGUUUUGCUGCAUGGAGAAUGACGUAUGAAUAUUGAAUAUUUAAACAUUUUAUAGUAUAAUUUAAGGUACUGUAAUCGAGAUAUUUCAUUUAACUUAAUAGCCCACCAAAUUUCAACGGAGAGUUUAAUUUUCGGUUACAUAUAAAAUAUUCUCUCCGAUCCCAGACUUUCCAGUAC